CCGGCGGCGGGAUCUGAUUCUGGGCCGUGAAACUAGAAAGACGAGAGGAGUUUCAUGUAGACAACCCUAGUGACAAUAUUCGUAUGAUUACAGGAAGAAUUUGUGAAAUCACGCGAGUUUUGAGAAUCCGGUGACGCUGUCAAUGGAUCUCGCAAGGAAGGAGAAGAUAAUCGACGAACGGACAUGCUUGUUGGAUUUCCCUACUGCUGAGUUGAAUCAUUCAAGGCAGCAGCACAGAAUUACUUGGAUCUCGGUUCACAUGGUUGCUGAUUUAUUGAAGGAUACCAAAAUCACUCCAGCUGAUGCUGCAGACUAGGUUAGGUUUACUAAACUGUUCUUGUUUUUGGCUUUAAUUUCUUCUUAGAUUCUAAUUUGCUGCCUGAUUUUUGUUUUUAUUGGAUUAUUACUUUGCCUGCAAUUCUUUUAUAAACAGUUUCUAAGUGCUUAUACAAUCGAUAAUGCCAUGUUUUAGUCUCCUUAGGAACGAAUAUUCAUCUGGAAACUGCAUAGAAUUUUCCCUGGCAUCACAGGUUUGCACGGCACUCAAAAAACAAUAAGCAUUACAGAAAUAAACAGAAAAUUUACAA